AUGGAAUACCACUCCUACUCUCAAACCCAUUUUUUCCCUGCAGCAAUCUUCGCCACAACCCUUCUCUUCCUCAUCUCCUCCUGCACCCUCCUCUUCCUACGCCGCCGCCAAUCAAACACCUCCACCGCCACACCGCCGCCGGGACCCACAAAGCUUCCCUUCAUCGGCAACCUCCACCAGAUCGCCGCCGGCAGCAGCUCGCUCCCGCAUUACCUCCUCCGCGACCUGUCCGCAAAACACGGCAGCGUGAUGUCACUCCAGCUGGGCCAAGUCCCUUACGUGGUCAUCUCCUCCGCGGAAUCCGCAAAACAAGCCAUGAAGACCCACGACGCCGUUUUCGCCCACCGCCCGGCCAUGCUCUCCGCGCGAAUCAUGAGCUACGACUUCUCCGGCAUCGGCUUCGCCCCUUACGGCGCCUACUGGCGCCACCUCCGCAAGAUCGCAGUCCAGGAGCUCUUCAGCGCGAGGCGGGUCCGGCUGUUCGGGUCGACCCGGGAGGAAGAGGCGUCCGAUGCGGUGGCCCGGAUCUUCUCCGCCGCCGCCUCGGCCGGGCAGCGGGAGGAGGAGGUCAACUUCAGCGAGAUGGUCUUCUCCCUUACAAACGGCGUCGUCGCAAGGGUCACUUUCGGGAAGAAGUACGACGGCCAGGAGGAGUUCAUUCCCCUGAUUGAUGAGAUCACCAAGGUGAUCGGAGGUUUUAACCUGGCGGAUCUUUUCCCCGCGGUGAAAUUCCUUCCGGUGGUGACCGGGAUGAGGUCGAAUUUAUUGAAGCUGAGAAGUAAAGCUAGUAGGUUGUUGGAGGCUAUAAUUGAUGAUCAUAGAAGAUGCAGGACGGAGGCGGCGGCCGCCGGUGAUGAUCACGUGGAUGAUUUGGUGGAUGUUCUUUUAAAGCUUCAGGCUGAUCGCCAGCUCGACUUCCAGCUCACCGAUGACAGCAUCAAAGCCGUCAUUCUCGAUAUCUUCUUAGCGGGGAGUGACACUUCUUCGACAACUAUAAUCUGGGUGAUGUCGGAGCUAGUUAAGAAUCCAAGAGUUCUUCGACAAGUACAAGAAGAGGUAAGAAGUGUCUGUGGAUCAAAGGGUGAUGUGGAUGAGAGCAUGCUUCCUGAGUUGCGCUAUUUGAAGCUGGUGAUUAAGGAGGCGCUGAGGCUACAUGCCCCGGUGCCAUUGUUGGUUCCAAGGCAAUGUAGCGAAGAUUGUGAGAUCGAUGGGUUCCAUAUAAAGGCAGCGAGCUAUGUGCUCGUGAACGUGUGGGCCAUCGGCAGGGAUCCCAAGUACUGGAAGGAUCCCGAGAAGUUUCGUCCAGAGAGGUUUAUCAGCAGUUCAGUUGAUUUCAAGGGAGCAAAUUUUGAGUUCCUUCCCUUUGGCGCUGGGAGGAGGAUGUGUCCAGGAUUAUUGUUGGGAAUGGCGAACGUUGAGUUGCCAUUGGCGAAGUUUCUGUACCAUUUUGAUUGGAAGCUAGCUGGUGGGAUGAAGCCUCAAGAUCUGGACAUGGAUGAGUCUUUCGGGGGGACAAGUACGAGAAAAAAUGAUCUUAAGUUGAUUCCAAUCCCGUACCAUCAAAGUAAUUUUGCUAAUCUUAAUUAA